AUGAGAAAUGGUGCAUCCAAUUCAAAGCAUUGUUUGGAUCACAAGAUCUCCGGGAGAUUUUCAAUACCGGGUUUGUUAAGCCCAUUCCGAAGCAAGAAGCCACCUACACUGCAGAUCAGAAAGUCACUCUCAAAAGACCAAAAAAAGAAGGACAAGAAGGCGUUGUAUCUCCAUCAUCAAGGAUUUGAUGAUUCAACGUUUGAGAAGGUUGCUGAAGCGACAACAAGCAAAGCAGCAUGGGAUACCUUCAAUACAAUUUUCAAAGCAAUUGAGGAAUCAAAAGACUUGGAGCUGCUGGGAUCUCUCCGAGUUCAUGAACAACUCAUUCUGAAGAAUGCAAGUGCCACAUUUCUUGAGCAAGCUUUGGAGUCAAAAUUAAAUUUUGACAAACCAAAGGGAGGUCGUGGUCAAUGGAAUUCCCGACGUGGUGGUGCCAACUACUGUGGUCGAGGUCGAGGUCAAGGACACGGUAAUACAAAUGAUCGUGGUCCAUCUCAGGAAAGGAGAAAUUUCUCUGACAGGAAAAAGCAGAAUGUCCAAUGUUACAACUGUGGAAAAUAUGAACAUUAUGCCUCAGAAUGUUCGUACAAGAAUGAUGGUCAUGUCAACCUUGUUCAAGCAUCAAGCAGUGAGAGUAAGAAUUCUACUCUCUUAUUGGCACACAAUGAUUCAAGCGGUCAACAUGAUGUUGGGUACCUUGACUCUGUUGAAGGAAGAGGAAAAGUUCGGAUCUUCCAGAAAAACAGCAAGGAAGAAUUCAUCUCUGAUGUUUACUUUGUCCCAAGUAUGAAGAGCAAUAUCCUAAGUAUUGGCCAGCUUCUCCAAAAAGGAUAUAUUGUACACAUGGAGAAUAAUGUUCUCUCUCUAAGAGAUACAAGUGGAAGGCUCAUUGCGCGUGUUCAAAUGACCAAGAACCAAUGGUGUAUCGUCUACCACAAAUUGAUUCAGCAAACCACAUCUGUGAAGGAUGUGUACUUGUGCCCAACAAAGUGUGUCAAGAACAUGACACAUCAAGAAGCAUGGAGUGGAUACAAACCUAGUGUUGCACACCUUCGAAUUUUUUGGUGUGUUGCAUAUGCUCAAGUUCCUGAAGCAAAAAGAAGGAAGCUUGAUGCUCGAGGUGAAAAGUGUAUUUUUAUUGGCUACAGUGAAGAGUCAAAGGCAUACAAGCUCUAUAACCCACUAACAAAUAAAGUAGUGGUUAGUAGAGAUGUUAUCUUUAGUGAAGAAGAAGCAUGGAAUUUGAGCAGUAAAGAAGCGAACAAAGAAAAUGUUGUCUCAGAUGAAUCUGAAGAGCAAAUGCCAGUUGUGACAUCGUCUACUCCACCAACAUCUCCUCAACCUAUUUCACCCUCUUAA